CGAGCAACGUCCCUCACUUUUGUCUUCACUGGCCGAGCAGUCUUCAACUUCCAUCUGAACUGCCCUGUAUACUGAAGUGGAAGCUUUGAGUCAGUUAUAUAGAUUUUCUCCAAUGCGUGGCUGCUGAAGAGUUAAAAUGCACACGGACGAGUUUUAGAAAAAGAAUAUGCUUUUUCUCAAUUAAAUAAAAUAACUCUAAAGGAUCUUCUUUGGUUUAAUUGUCUGCCUCUCGUUUUGUUUCUGGAACGUUGUAUAAAGCUUUUCUAAAAUGGAUUUGACCCAAUUGCCAUGGGCUGAGGUGGACUCUUGUGAAUAGCUGCUGCUCUUUUGCAGCUAUGGACGUUUUGGUACGACUUUGUACCUUCUCUCCAGCAAGCUUACCAUGCUGAGCGAAGCCUCCAACGUGAUGUACAUGCUGCUGGAGCUACUGAUCGCCCUGCUGUCCAUCCUGGGCAAUGUGCUGGUGUGUUGGGCAGUGGGUCUUAACACCAACCUCCAGAGCAUCACCAAUUUCUUUGUAGUCUCCCUGGCUAUUGCAGAUAUCACUGUAGGUGUUUUGGCAAUCCCUUUCUCCGUCAUGAUCAGCACAGGUUUCUGUGCCAAUUUCUACGGUUGCCUGUUUAUUGCCUGUUUUGUGUUAGUGCUGACACAAAGCUCCAUUUUCAGCCUACUAGCAAUAGCCAUUGACCGCUACAUAGCCAUCAAGAUCCCACUUAGGUAUAAUAGCUUAGUGACUGGGCAGCGUGCCAAAGCCAUCAUUGCGGUCUGCUGGGUUCUGUCUGUGAUAAUUGGGCUGACACCUAUGCUGGGCUGGCACAAGGGCCAUAGAGUGGACCUUUUUAACAGCAGCUGCCCUCCAGGCACGAUAGAGUGUCUGUUUGAGGAGGUGGUGAUCAUGGAUUACAUGGUCUACUUUAACUUCUUCGCUUGUGUAUUAGUGCCCCUGCUCCUCAUGCUGGCCAUCUACCUACGCAUCUUUAUGGCUGCCCGCCACCAACUCAAGUGUAUUGAGCUGAAAGCCAUACCAUGUGAGCUCAAGUCACGGUCCACCCUACAAAAGGAGGUCCAGGCAGCCAAGUCACUGGCCAUCAUUGUUGGACUGUUUGCAGUCUGCUGGCUGCCACUGCAUAUUAUUAACUGCUUCACACUGUUUUGUCCACAGUGUGAACGACCAGCUGUGUGGAUUAUGUACCUGGCUAUUAUACUCUCUCACGCUAAUUCGGUGGUGAACCCUUUCAUUUAUGCUUACCGCAUCCGGGAGUUCCGGCAUACCUUCCGAAAGAUUGUGCACUAUCACAUCUUAGGUCGACAGGAUCCUUUGUUGAGCAGUGGAAGCAGUCAGGCCUCAGCCCGUGCCAGUAUGACAGAUUCAUUUAGCGUGAAGAUCAAUAGUCUGGUGCAGGACUUCUACGCUGAAGGUGGCAGUACAGCUAGCAGCUGUUAAUGCACCAAAUGUGAAAUGGCAAUGUUCCCAGUGUAUCUCAGCCAGGAGCAAGGCAACCUACAAUAAGAAAUCAUCCACUAGGGCUCCCAGAGUCAUCCUUUGCGCCAGACAUAGUCGUGCAAUACAAGCAGGUACCUGCAGUGCUGGAGGAAAGAAAUGGGAAAUACAUGAUAUCUGUCAUUCAUGACAAAUCUGCACUUUACCAAUGUACCACUCACUUCCAUGAGCAUUGCUAGAAAACUUUGAAAUAGGUUGUAAUGAUCAUUUCUUUUGCCACAAAAUUUUGAUGAAGAUUUUGAUGUGCAUUUUAUUCUUGAAUGUGAACAGUGACUGUAGUUGUUGUCACUUUACUAUUCAAUUUCAUUCUACUAUUUAAUUGCCAGGGCCUGCCAGAGGGCCAAAGUUUUAUUAUACGAUUCUUUAACCUAAGAAUAGCUCAUCCAGUUUGCAUUGAAGUCCUUGUAGUUACUGAAUAAUAAGCUUUAGUGUGUAAUAAACCUGGGGUUUUAAGGGGUUAGGAAUUAUCCCAGCACCUUCUGCUGGACGCCCCUGAUCUAUUUGCUUUUUACUUUUUCAUUUUAUCUAGUGAAAUUGUUUCAUUUUGUUUGUUUUAAGACAUUAGGCAGACAAAUUUCAAGAAGUAAUGCUUGAAAAUGACCUGCUAAUAAAAUAAGACAAUUUCACCAGAUUACUUUUAUGUAAAGUAAGUAAAAAAUCUGGAAAUAUAUGAAGUGAUCUGAUUGUUCUCAACAAUCUCAAAAUAAGAAAUAUAGAUGUAUCAACAAUAUUUAAGAUUUCACUUGCCCAUUUAUUUAUGCAUACAUUAUGAUAGGUAUCACUAUAACAACUGUACACGUUUGUACUAUUCAUUAUUGUGAAGAGUUCUAAAUCUGUUCAGUGCUAUUUUGUCAGAUGAUGCAAAGUUCCAACACAAAACACAAAAAGUGCUUUGAACUGAUGUAAUUGCCAAUGUUUUUUAUACUAGUUGUUUGAUUUGAUUGACUUAAGACAGGUAUCAUUGUCUCUACUGU